AGAUUCCCUCACCCCAUCGCUACUCUUCUCGCUCUCCGUCUUUCAUUCACCACUCACACCAUGGCCUCAAUUCAGGAGCUUGACAAGAUGUCCAAGGAGGAGCGCGCGGCUUACGAAGCCAAAGAGCGUGCUCGCGAGCAGGCCGAGCAGGAUGCGCUUCCGUACAAGUGGAGCCAAGAUUUGAACACAGUGACAGUCUUCGUCCCUCUACCGAGCGGCACUCGCUCUCGUGACCUCCAGGUCGUGAUGGAGCGCAGAAAGCUCAAGGUCGCGGUCAAGGGCGGCGAGACGCUGAUUGAGGGCGAACUCUUCGAAGAAAUUGCGAAGGAUGACAGCUCGUGGACCAUUGAGAGUGGCACACUCACGUUUGAGCUCGAGAAGAUGAGCGCGCAUAUCGGAAGCCACCGCUGGUGGCCGCACGUCCUGACCCACGAUCCCAAGAUUGAUACGACCAAGAUCCAGCCCGAGAGCUCAAAGCUGAGCGACCUCGACGGCGAGACACGCGCCAUGGUGGAGAAGAUGAUGUUCGACAACCAGCAGCGGCAGGCGGGCAAGCCGACGUCGGACGAACUCCGCAAGAUGGAGGCGCUUGAGAAGUUCAAGAAGGCGCACCCCGAGAUGGACUUCAGCAAUGCCAAGAUGGGUUAGAUGCGGAGAGUAUGCAUUGUAUAAUGUUCAUCACUACGCCCAAUUUGCCCCUCACAGCCAACAUACUAUCUGGCGCCCAGUCAUGUCCUGCCCUGCCCGUGCACCGCGAUGGAGCUCUGCUUCUCCCGUCCCACUUCACCGCCCAGGCGCCUCUCCCGGAUCAGUAGACGCCCUUGCUCCAUACCUUGCUUGCGCUGCCUGUCACUGCUUCCACUCCGUACGCUUUUCCGAUAUUCUCACCGGGGGCCGUGAUCCCGGGCCAUCUGUCGCUUACCCCACAUCCGAUGUAUCGCUUGCAUCACGUCUCUG